UAUGUGAACAGAUAAGUCGGAAUUUUUAAUAUCGUAACCCUCGAUUGAUAAUGGUUGAGGAAGUGAGGCGCGAGUGCUUCAACCUUUUAGAUGAAGCCAUAAUUCUGGAUGAUACCACUGGAACAGGGCUUACUUCCUUGAAUGCUGCAUUUGAUACAAAAGCGAAUGAGCUGCUUGAAAAAUACGGAACCUUCUGUUCUCGGUGCGAUGCGAAACUUCUGCGUAUACUGGAGAAGGAAGGGCUUUCUCGCACGACCGGAGAAUUUCGUGAAAAAAUUUGUGGCGCCAAAUACGUGGAGAUACUGAUCGGAACACUUAUCACGCUAGCCGAAGCACUGAAUUCUUUGGACGAAGAAUAUAAGGUUUUCAUGGAAAACUAUGACUCAAAAGAUUCCAGGGAUGUCCCUCCGAUGCCGUUCGAUUGCUUGAGUAUCAAAGAACAAGGCGUGCUCCAGACCGUUGCGAAAUUUUUGAGUGUUCUGGGUUUCCACUCCCUUUUGAUGCCAGGCGUUGGGCUUCAGUUCAACCAAAAAUUCAAAACCCGAAGUGAAUCUGAUUCGAUCACCUGUUUUCUUCAACGCUUGAGAGAAGAUCCAAGCCUGAAUCUCCAUCAGCGAAAUGCUAUUUUGACAGAGAACCUGGUGACUGCGAAAGCAUUUCUUACUCAUCCCAACAUGAUUGUAAACAUGUCACAGAAACUCGGUCUUGACAUUCAAGCUGCCAUCGUCCAGGUUUUGUACUCGCCGAGGAAUUCUGCUGAAAUCAGUGCGAAAGAAGUUGUUGCGAAAGUGAUGUCCUAUUUCUACGAAUCAUUUUUCCUGACCGAGAUUGUUCGGAAUUAUUUUCUGCUGCUCUCUUUAUGCUCCAGACAGUUUAAACAAGGACGUGUGCUUCCAGGGUAUUUUGAAGUGGGAUUUCGAAGCGAAUUGGGAAAGUUAUUUUUGCGACCGAGAGGCGUUGAAACAAUUGCGAAUGCAUUUCUCAACAUUGAGGGUGUGGGUGAAGAUGAUCCCUCAUUUGCAUCGAGUGAAGAUAGAAAAUGCGUCGCUCUGUGUGAACUUACUCUAGGGUUGCUACUGCGGAAACCGAAGGUCGACGUCAAUAAAAUUUUCCAAGUUUUUUGUCCUCAACUCACGCGUCUCUUGGAUUUUUCUGGAGAUCGCCUCAGUCAGAAUCGUUACGUUGCCUUCUUCCUGAACUGCGUCGAUUGGAUCACCAAAUCUGGAAAGCCUCAACUUUUCGACGCAAUGUUAAAUUUCCUGCUCUAUCCCAUAUUUCAACCUCUUUUGUGUGUGUGUUACAAAAGCACGAGCGAUGAAGCAUUGAAAACAAAUGAAGAUAAAUCUGACGAGGUUGAAAUUUUCCAUUCAUCUUACGAGACUGUGGCUGAGUACGACGCAUCGAAAAGCAGGAAAGAUGAGAUUGGACUUCUUCUUGAUCGUUUGCAGAAGUUAUUGGCCGUUUCCGGGAUGUCGGAAAAUCUACCCAGACUGCUGGUACCUAUUUUUUCGUCGCUCUUCAGGCUGCACGAAUUUUCAAAUGGAUCCGCAUCUUGGUUCAGCACGCGAGUCCGAAGUAUUCUGGUGUCAAUCUUGCAAAGGCUGAAUGCCGACGUAUCGUGUUCUCUCAUUCUUGCCGUGCUCACGGAUGCCACGGUUCGAUUGAACCUUGGUGAUCUGGGUCAUUUAAUGUCUUAUCCGAUGAAUCGAAGAAUUUCCUUUGCACCGGAUGGUGACGGCUUCUCUGCUUGCGUAGCUAAAGAAUCCGAUCAGCUAACGUUCGAGGACGAAAAAGAUUUUCAAAAUGAUCUGAUCAUGGAUUUGAUUUUCGAAAGUGUGAAGAGCGAUAAUUUGGUCAGUGCUUUGGUUCUCUAUGGUCUGAAAGAGGCAUUUACAUCUUUUGGGAAGAAUUCGACGUCCGAAGUCCGUCCAGAUGAUUCCAAGCUUUUGAUGAAGUUGGUGGAGUUCAAGUUCGUCCACUCUUUGUUGGCCAAUCCUGAAACGUUCGUCGCUCUAUCAAAAAAUCGUGAUGAUUCUUUGGCGAUGUUGUUGAUUUUGGAUGAUGAGUUCUGGCAGAAGCGAUCCGAGGUUUUGGGACAUUUGGAAGUUCUUGCAUCCAAGCAUUCCGAUCCAUCAAUCCGACAUCUUGCUGCAGGAAACGUUACUGCGAUCAAAACUCGAAGCGCAGGGGAUUUAGAAAUGCUCGUUGAGCAAUUAGUGGCCUCCAUGUCUGACGAGUUGAAUCCCGAAAUUGCGACAGAGUCAACCAAAAUGUCCCCUGGGCGACAUUUUGGUGCCUCUGCGUUCGAAAAUCAUCUGAAAGCUAUCGAUAUCGAAAAUAAAUCAAAUACCAUGUCCGAAGCAAAGGAAAAUGUUGAAGCCUCAAAGGCCAGGGAAGGUCAUCUAUUGAAUACGGAAUGUAGCGCAUCUGAUGUGACUGAAAGUUUAAAGCGGAUAUAUCUGAGCUCUUCGGAUGUUGUCGAAAAUCAAGUAUUGCGCGAAGAUUUUGGUGAAUAUGAUCACCUGAAAACAUUCGGGGUCAAAUCAGAAGCUGCACGUGAUGUUUUAACCCUAAUCGCUGAUCGUGAGCCGGCUAUUCGUGGUGCUGGCUUGAUGAAGUUGUCAAAGCUGCUAGACUCGAAAGAUGCGGAAAUAUUGAGCAAUAUUUCGGCUUUACGGAGGCUACUGGAGGAUAACUUGGCACACGAAGAUUCAUACGUGUAUGAAAUGGCUACCCGUGCUGUCGUUGCGAUGGCGGCUGCGUCUCCGGCGGAUGCCUUGGGCUUACUUGGCAAGCAAUUUGCAAAUGUGGAGGAUAAGCUGAUGAAUUUCGAAACGCGGCUAAAAAUUGGCGAAGCAAUAACUCGCUGCGUUCGUCGAUUGGGAGAAUUGGCGUAUCAUCAUCGCAACUAUGUAUUACAUCCUGCACUUGCAUGUGUUCGCGACCCCGAACCUGAAAUCCGUGCCUCUGCUGCUUCUUGCCUUGCGGAAUUGAUGCAAGGCGCUGGAAAACUUAUGAAAAAUGAAGUUCCUGUGAUCUUGCGAACGGCUGAAAAUUUGGUUAAUGAUCCCGCGGAAAUUGUUCGUCGAGCAGCUGUUCAUUUGGUUCACAAAACCAUAUCUGGCGUUGGGAAGGAUUAUCUCACCGCACAUAGUCGUGAACUGCUGCCGGUGUGGAGAUCAUUGAAGCGGAUUUAUACCUCUAGCGACGACAAAGCUUUAGCGAUGCAUGCGGAGCUCGCCAUGCUAGAAAUCAACAACAUUGUGAAGGAUUGCUUAAGAUCUGCUGUUGGGCGUCAGGCGGGAAAUUUGCGGAUUGUUGGUCUUCCUCCGCUGUGA